UUUUUGGUGUAAAUAAAAUUAUCCUUUUCUUUUUUCCUGACUAAGAGAAAAGAAAGACAUGUUUGGAAGGAUGAAAAUAGUAAAGGUGUAAACUUGAAUUGAAGGGAGCAACAGACGAAGAGUAAGAAGAAGAAGAAGAAGAAGAAGAAGAAGAAGAAAAUGGCAUCGUUGAAAGGGGGGAUCGGUAGUAGUAGCGGCGGAGGAGGAGGAUUAGGAAUUGAGAAGUUGAGCGUCGAGCAGCUGAAGGCGGUGAAAGAGCAGACCGAUAUGGAGGUGAAUCUGCUGCAAGACAGUCUCAACAACAUCCGAACCGCCACCACUCGUCUUGACCUCGCCUCCAUCGCUCUCAACGACCUUUCUCUCCGUCCCCAAGGCAAGAAGAUGCUCGUCCCUCUCACCGCCUCUCUCUACGUCGCUGGAACCCUAGACGACGCCGAUAACGUCUUGGUCGAUGUCGGCACCGGUUACUUCAUCGAGAAAACAAUGGCUGAGGGAAAAGAUUAUUGUGAGCGGAAGAUCAACUUGCUGAAAUCAAAUUUCGAUCAACUUCUUGAGGUUGCUUCUAAAAAGAAAAGCAUUGGAGAUGAAGCAGGGGCAAUUUUGCAAGCUAAAUUAAAGCAGUUGUCUCCUAGUGCACAGUGAAUUCUUGAUCAUUUGUAGUGCUGUAAAAUUCUCAAUUUCCAAGAUCUAAGCCAUUGUGAUGUUUUAAAACAGGGUGAAUAUACAAUACAUCUUUGUUCUUUUUGAGAAAAUUAUUUUGCUUCAUUGAGUCCACCAACUUAACCAUUAAUAGCUCUCGAUCUCCUCUGCCGCCCGCCCUAUGUAAGAGCUCUCAUGGACAUGUGACAUUUGUCCCUGUCAUCCCAAAAUCUAUAAACACAUCAUCUAAUACUUUUUUUUUGGUCGAAA